AUGUACGAGAUCUCGUUCGCCGAUGAUGACCAAGAAGAUUUUAGAAUCCAAGAAUUGCUGGGCGAGGGGUCUUUCGCUCAGGUGUAUAGAUGCGUGGAAACCAAGUCACAAACUGUGUUCGCGCUGAAGGAGUUUUACACAAGGCAUAAGGAAUAUGACGAGAGUGCUGUUCAACGGGAAAUUGAAGUGUGGUCGGAUGUCAUUCACGAAAAUAUCGUGCGAUUAUACGCUUCUUUUACUACGGGAUCCUAUCUGUACUUUGUGUUGGAGUUUGUGGAUGGAGGAAGCCUUUUUAAUCACAUGAUGCAAAGACAGAAGUACAGCGAAAAGGAUGCCGCAAAUAUUAUGAAACAGGUGAGAUUAUCUGACUGAUAAAUAACAUUUCAGAACAUAUUUUCUCUGAGAAAACAGGCCACUCUUCUCAGCGCUCAGAACAUAGUUCCAAGGUGACCUACUAACUAUGCUCAGGGCUUACACUCAGAUUUGACUUGACAAAUUUAGAAAACUUUACAUGACUUUUUAUCUUUGGAACGAUCUGACUUUCUGUGGAACGAUCUCACAAUAGAGUGGAACGAUCUGACGGCAUGGAAAAAACUGACCGGUUACGUUUUCUCAGGCUAAACAUUUUCAAUUAGAGACAUUUGAAGUGCUGUAUGUAUUAAAACCACUUUGCAAAUUUUCAUCCUUAGAAAAGAAUUUUAAAAAAAAUUGAUUUAGGUUUUUCUUUUUGCCUUCAAAUUUUACCCAAAAAAAUUACUGUAGAAUCAAAAGAGAAGAAGAGGCCGUAACGCUUUGCACGUGGAUUGAUUUAGCAGGAAUCUGCGGGUCAAUACUAGCAUCUUUGUAUAACGUGUCUUUUUAUUUGUAUGCACAUUCACUUACAAUGCAUUUGCUUGGCGGUUUGCUUUAAAAUUCUAGUCUCAUACUUUAACCCUCUCAAAGUUCCUUUUUCUGGAGAUGGCAAAAUUAAACAAUACAGAGCGGAAAAUUUAUCAGAUCGCUUGGCUAUGACAAAUAUGUACCGUGAUCCUUACUGACUCGCUACUUGACUGAAGUCGGCUAAGAUACUUAAAGGCGACGUGAAAAGAUUCAUCUAAGGCGUAGUAUUCGGGAAAAUAACCCGAUUUAAGUCGCGCUUGGAAUCUUCUGUUUUGGAGAUCGUAGUGUAUCUUUUUUAUUCAUCUGUCGAUAGGCAAUUCAGAGAUUAAUUCUAAACAUUCCAUAAAACAACAAAGCCACUCGAAAUGACACAGAUAAAAAUACCACACUGGGCAAGAUACCAAUAGCCUGCGUAGCAAGCGUUUGCGUGCGGUUUAGGAGCAAAGAACGAGGAACGAGAGUCAAAGACUGCGCGAAAAAUGGUGCUCUCGUUUCAUUUCUCGCUCGGCCAAAAUCGGUAUUUCUUUGCUCCGAAACCAAACGGAAACGCUUGCUACGAAGGCUAGAUACCAAGGGUAUAUUUGCUUUACCACAACGUAUCUUGUCAGUGUUUGCCGCUAAGUAAAUGGCAUAUAUUUCAAUUGAAUUGAUAAGUUCCAUGGGGUAAUUAACUUGAUGACCUCAUACUUCUCCAUGCUUUAUAUAGUAGAGAUUUGCAGAUACUGACAAAAAAGGAACUCGUCUUUCUGAUCAAUCUACUGAGCUAAAUCAUCUCUUGCCACGAGUUUUCAAGGCGUUUUUCAGUCAGGGGUGGUAGGCCAGCUUUCAGUUUUUAAAUCGGUAACUCGCAUAAAAAAAAAAAAAACCAUCUCAAUGACAUCGAUCCGUUCCAUAAUUUGUAAGAUCGCGUUCCAGUGAAGUAAACAAGAACUGGCAACUUUCUUGUGAGAAGCAAACGCACGUUUUGUGGCGCAUGACACAGACUGCGUCACGAUUCCGGUGUAGCUUAUAGACGGAUUAACGACGCAUCUGAGACAUAAUACUUUGUGGAUACUUUAUCUAUCUUCCGCUAACGGUUUCUUCAUUUUAUCAAAAUUUAUGGUUAAUUGGGAUUCUAGGCACGCGUCGCUCAUGGUGGUCUUUCCUAAAGAGAUAACUAUGAUGCCUGCAUGCCCUCUCUCAUGUCCCCGCUCAAGAGCGUAUUUCUCUCUUGCCUCACUAAAACCUGUUGAAAACCGGUACAACACUUCGGCGUUUUUAACGUACGGAACAGUAGGUAUGUAUGCUUUGUCACCGGGGAUCAAAUUGUGAAAAUGAAGACGGUCAUACUUCCGGAUUUUUCCCCACAGCCUGACUCAUAAAGGAAGCAGAAAUCGGAGAAAAUAAACUGAAUUAACUCUCGGUAAGGCGACUGAUGUACCCUCAUUAAACUGCACUGUUAAAUGAAUAAUACAUGGAGACUUUUCGCCCUUCUUAAACGCUUGACGGCACUGUCACAGGCGAGCUUGCCUAAUUGAUUUAUUAGGGUAGUUAAUAGUUUAAAAUGGUGGCACGAAUAUAAUUAUACUUUCUGUUUCAAAAUGUCCGACUGAGAGUCAGUUCUUGUCCCCAAGAAGAGCUCAUUUUUGGUCAUGCGCAUAGUGACGCGCCUAAAGUUGCAAUCUUGGACUCUUGGACAGAAUAAAAUGGAACAGCAAAUUCCCAUCCCCCCUCCACCCCUACCCCCAAAUCAAGGAUGGAGCCGCGCAAAAGCCAAAACGCGCCAUUUUCCCAUCCGGGCUAUCGGGUUGAGAUUGCCUCGCGAUAAGCAUGAACUUAUAUGCGUAUACCAGUCCUUUGGUACCUUUAUCCUCUUCGAGCUACACUCUCGAAAUUGAGUACGCUUUAAUGUGCACAGAGAGUCAACUUGCUCCUAAGUCGGGGGGAGUUUGUUUGGUUGUUACCUGUAAAGAUGUAACGAUCUAUCCAAUAUCAACAUAUUCCCGUAAUUUACUUACUUAUUGUUUCCGUGUUCCUAGCGUCAGUUUUUUAAAAAUAUUACUAAGUCGUGAUUCUCUAGCGUUUUAACUGGAUGCCCUAUGACAAUAAUAUUUCAGGGACACUGUGACUAAUUUGCUUAAGCAAAACUAAAGCCGGUGAUAUUUUGAAACAGAACACAAACAUAAUUUUUUUUCCAGGCGUUUGUUAAUGUCGUCAGUUUCUUUUAGGUAACAGUAUCAGUUACUUCCAAGGUAGCUUUAGAAUUUUUUGAAUUUUUGUACUUUUCCCAUAGGUUCUGGAAGCCUUAGUGUACCUCCACAAAAAACGCAUCGUUCACCGAGAUGUCAAACCUGACAACAUACUUAUCAAACACGUUUCAUCUGCGACAGAGAAAUCUACUCCACAGGUUGUUGUAAAGCUAUGCGAUUUCGGAUUCGCUUUUACGCUUCCGCGUCACUCAAACGUCAUAUGCUGCCCUGCACGUGGCGCGCCCAUGUUUUUGGCGCCAGAAACGAUUCUGGACAACCCUAUUGGUUGUCCUGUGGAUAUUUGGUCCUGUGGCGUACUGCUUCAUUUGUUGGUGGCGGGCUAUCCGCCAUUUUGGAACGAUAACAGUGAGAAAAUGUUAUUAGCUGCUGUUCGGGGUCAGUAUAGUUUAUCCACCCCAGUGUGGAACAAAGUUUCUCGAUCAUGCAAAGACCUUGUCAAAUCCAUGCUAACUGUACAUACAUCACAGCGAAUCACGGCUUUAGAAGCUGUAAGACAUCCUUGGUUCUUCAAAAUGUCGGCUUUGGAUUCGCCCCGCCCGAGAAGAAAGCACAGCAGUGCGCUUUCAAGCAGUUCUCGUUUCACGGAGAAACUCAAGUACACCAUCAACGAGAUGCACUCCAGCUUGAAAAUGCAGCGUCUAGGUCUAGACCCUUUGAAGGGAAAAUUCUUCCCGCUGUAUCAUUCAGCCAUGAAUUUGUCCGAGGUUGGCCGAGUAACGACCGUAUAG